AGGCACGCGGCGCAAGCGCCCGGGAGACCCACCGCCGGGCAGAAGCUGGAUGACCUGGUCUCGGAAGUCACGAAGGAUCCCUUGCACCCUGCUGCAUUGCGGGGAGCGGGCGCACGGGCCCACCCCAGCUCUCAGGAAAGGACAUGGACGCUGCCUCUUCAUAGGGGAGUGUCAAGAUUCCCGAAGAGAACGUGGAAUGGAAAAUAUUUUGUGGCCAGUUUUGGAAAAUGCCAUCUGCUACGUUGCCUCCAGUCGAGCACGGCUUCGGGCGAUUGCAGAAGCCUCGCUAGGGUGGCCAAGCACAUCCGUAAGACGCGAACAACCUCCCAGUUUCUGCAGGAGUGCUGCAAGCGGGGAGCUCUGGGAGCAUUUCUCGCUCUCCAAGCGUCCCCUCCACGUGGGGCCUUAACACAGUGGAACCUCGUACGUGCGGCUGGAGGCACCCAGAGAGUUAGAGCAGAAGAUGUGAAGGGACUCUUACCCCUCAUGAUUCUAAUGGUGAUCAUUUUCCUGAUGCUUCUGUUCUGGGAGAACGAGCUGAAUGAGGAAGGAGAAGUGUGGACCAUGGAGCGGUUGCACGUGGACUACCCCAAGAGUGACAUUCCCGUAAGGUACUGCAACCGUAUGGUCUUACAAAGAGUCAUCAGGGGACCUGACAACACCUGCAAGAAGGAGCAUGUUUUCAUCCACGAGAGGCCUCGAAAUAUCAAUAGGGUCUGCACCUCUUCCAAAAAGAGGAUUUGUCAGAACCGUUCUUCCACUUUAUGUUUCCAGAGUAUGACCAAGUUCAAAAUGACAGUGUGCCAGCUCGUGGGGGGCACCAGAUACCCUGCCUGCAGGUACCGCAUGUCCUCUAUGAAGGGGUUCGUUGCCUUCACUUGUGAUGACAUGGGGCCAGUUAGUCUCCAGGGAUACGUUGAAUAAGUUGAGACCGGGGCCUGAGAUCCUCUCUUUCCUCUCUCAGGAGUACUCGCUCUCCCCGAGGCACACCUGAACUGUGGACUGGGGAUAAUGCCUUGAGCAAACUGGGGAGCCAUUUAUCCUUCCAGUAUUGCUGAGCUGGAAUCUUCUUAUUCUGCUGUAAUAAAAAAAAAAAC